AUGACCCCCGUGGUUAACCGACAGCCCGCACAAUGGGGCGAGACGACGGCGCAUAUCACGACCUAUACCCGCGACGCAAAUACCAGCAGAGCGAUUCCGUUCAAGAUGUCUUCCUCGCAACCCUCCAGGCUCUACGUCAAGGGCAAGCAUGUGAGCUACGUCCGCGGCAAGCGCACCGUCCACCCCAACACCAGCAUCCUCAAGCUGGAGGGUGUCCAGAGCACCGAGGAGGCCAACUUCUACUGCGGAAAGAAGGUCGCUUUCGUCUACCGCUCCAACAAGGACAUCCGUGGCUCCAAGAUCAGGGCCAUCUGGGGCGUCGUCACCCGCCCGCACGGCAACUCCGGUGCCGUCCGCGCCCAGUUCAGGAACAACCUGCCCCCCAAGUCCUUCGGUGCCAGCGUCCGCGUCAUGCUGUACCCCUCCAACCUCUAA